AUGUUUGGGAACUUGAAGUUGGAAGUUGAUAGGUUUGGAGUGCCCCAGUACCACGGGGACCCCGACCUAUUCGAAGAGUACUGUGAGCGAGCUUGGGGCCUGUGGUACGGACGCCAAGGAGCUGAGACCCAAGCCGCCACACCGGUGCACCUGAGAUCCGGUCUCCAAGGUUCCGCGUACGAGUCGGUCCGCCUGCUGAAGCACGACAAGAUCAUCACCAAGGACGAGAACGGCAAGGCGACCGAGGUCGGGAUUAAACUUUUCCUGGCCACGCUGAAGGAGAGUAUCGCAGCCGAGGCCCCAGUGAAGGUGAAAGAGUUGUUCUUCCAGGCGUUCUACAGCCCGGCGGUUUGGAGAAGGAGCACCGAGACCAUGCAGCAGUAUAUCGUGCGUCGGGAGCAGGAUUUUAAGAGACUGGAAGAUGUGCUCCCCGGGUCUGCCAUACCCGAGCACAUCCGUGCCAUGAUGCUUUUGGCCUUUGGGGGCCUGGACCACCGCGAGCCACUUGGAGUUUUGAGCAUCGUGAACAAUGAGUACGACUUCAAGAAGGAAAGACUACCUGGAAGGCCCCGGCAGCCGAAAGGUGGAAAGGGAAACGGCAAGAACUACGUCCGUGCCGUCUCCGAGGGUGACUUUCCGGACACCGAGGACCCUGAAGCCGAGAUCUACUACGAGGACGACGGGGGCGAGGCAGGCGAGGACGGAAGCUACGCCGACGACUCCACCGACCUCAUCAGUGAGGGCCUGGACGCCCUGGUCCAGGAGUGCGAUCUUGACGACCAGGAGCUUGCCGACGCCUUUGCCACGAUCAUGCAGCGCAAGAAAAAGCCCUCACCGAGUACGGCAACCUCUGGGAAGGGUCACUCCCUGCACCGCCUGUGGGCAACGAGGGCACUGGAAUGGCGACGACCAGUGUCCCAAGAAGAGGGACAAGAGCACGAGCCCACAAAGGGCAAGGGACCGCACCACAAGAAGGGGGCAAAGACGAGCUACUUUGUCCUCCCCGACACCGUCCCGGACGCAAUGGUUGUCGAGGAGAACUACGUUGCCUUGGGGCACCUUUUCCAAUGCCCAGGAGACCGCUCAAGACACGGUGGCGAGGUGAUGAUGGUGAACAAGAUCGGCGACGAGGUCUGCGAGCACUGCGUCUACAACGGCGGCUCGGAGAGGAAGCUGCAUCGGGCCGCCAACGGCCACAGCCGCUCGGUCUCUUGCAAGGAGCCCGACUGUGACAAGGUCAUCUUCACAGCAAAGAGAAAGGAGCCGGCCGAGCUGUGGCGCUUCCUCGUGCUUGUGGCCCUGACCACAAAGAGCCCUUUCGCCAGCGCCGACUGGAAGACCCGGAUGCUGCCACAAGUGGAGGCCAACCUCAUAAUAAAGAACCUGAAGUACCACAACCACGGCGAGCCCGGGGCACAUCAAUUUUGCCUCCAGCCGCCUAUGUCCCGGGCACCAACGUACGUGUCACUACUGACCUGUUGCCUCCGGUUCCCGAACACACUGGAGAUGGCGGUCUACUGGACGAAGUCGGACCACAAGCCCCUCGAGAACCACCGGAGCAAAACCAAAGGCCCUUAUGUUGCAGAGGUCGUGGAAGAACCAUGGGACUGCCCCAGAAUCACAAGCACCCUCCGCGAGAAGAGACUCAAGCGAAUCAUCGGUUACGAGGAAGAGGCCGAGAGCAGCUACGAUGAGAACUCGGAGGAGGACGUGUACCUGAGCCACCCGUCCGAGGUGUUCCUGACCGGGAAGGCCGUUAAGUCGGAAGUUCGGCUGAAGGACUUAGAUCCCAAGGACCGUGAGAGAUUCACGGGAGAAGGAGGGAGCAUGGCAAAGGAGUGGAACUCGUGGAACAAGUUCGCGGCAGUGGACAAGCUCGAGCCCCACGAGAUUCGCGACCUCCCCUCGGAUGUCAAGAUCAUUGGCACGAGGUGGGUCCAUACAGACAAGAACGCCAAGCCCCGCCUCCUCGCAGAGUACCUCUCAAAACGCACGGAAAAAGGCAAAGCCCAGAUCAAGAAGGAGUUCCCCUUUGAGGCCAAGUCAAGACUUGUGGUGCAGGGAUGCCAGGAGGAUGCCACAGGGAUCAGGCCACCGCCACCGGGAGUUCAGCCCGGCGACCUCUUCAGAGCACGCGGCUCGAUAUACGGCACAAAGGAUGCUGGAAGGUCAUGGUGGAAGAAGCUCUUCAAGACCCUCCGGGAACACAGGUGGGUGAUGUCAAAGAUCGAGGCUGCAUUGUUCUUCCUUGUGAAGGGCACCGAGCUCAUCGGCAUCAUGGUGUCCCACGUCGACGACCUGUUCGCCGCCGGGGAGGGCACCGAGUUCGACGAGACCAUCACCGAACUCGCGGCAAAGCUCUACUUGAAGGUGAAAAGGGGUGAGUUCCGCUUCUGCGGGAAGAACAUCGUCCAAAAGGAGAACGGCAUCAUUGAGAUAGACCUAUACGAUGCCAUAGAAAGCAUCAACCUCGACCCCUCCCGGAGGAAGCAGCCAAACGCCGUCGUGACCGAAGAGGAGAAGAGCUCCUUCAGAGCUCUUAUUGGUCAGAUGGGUUGGGUAACACGCCAGUCACGGCCCGACAUCAUGGUGAAUGUCAGCCUGGCUUCUCAAAGCAUGGGCCGGCCAACCAUAAAGGACGUCGUCGACUUGAACCGCGCCGUGAAGAUGCUGAAGUAG